AUGGAACAAGACAGAUCGGAAGCCGUCGAAUCACCCCUUGUUGAGGAUUUUCUCGAUUGCCACAAACUUGGCUCGGACUCGGAAGAAGCCGUCAACACCAGCUCCAGCUCCAGCACUCCAAGCGGUUCUCCCAGGAGGUCUUUCAAACGCCUCCGGAUCACAGUCGACAUGACCAGCGCCCAGUAUCUCAUGCCAAGUGCGCACCACCAUCACGAUAGUUUGCCCGGUUCUACUGCUUGCACCAGCGGCCCUGCCUCUGUUGUUUACUCGUCACCGGACCUUGACCCCUACAGCGCUGUAUGUGGCAGCCAAUCUCACGGUAUCCACCCUAGGCUAACCAGAACAAAACAGAUCUCUGGAGUCUCUUCUUUCAACUACCCAGCCGCUGCAGACUCGACACUCCUCACGCCAGUUUCUGGAGCCGGCAGUCCGCCUUUGCAGCAAAGAGCCACCUCAAAGCCACCGAUGAGAAAUUACCAUUCGCAGUCGGCCAUUCCUGGACCACAAGUCCCAACACCCCCAAACUCAUCCAAGAUGUACUACAGCGGUUACGACGUCAACAACAGCAGCCAGGGAUCCUCUCCUAUGACAGUCCAUCCUGCGGCCACCGAGGGAGGGCAUUUUGACAUGUACAUGGCUCACUCUCCCCCAAUGAGCCACCACCCAUCCUCUCCCAAAUCUGAGGUUCCACCGCCAAUCGACCCCUAUCUUGGAUCCUACAAUGUUUCGGCCAACAACGGGGAGAUAAUACACCAGCCUUUCCAGGAGUACCACGCCUUCAAUGUUGAAGUGGGGCCGUCGGGACCGUAUCUGGGUCAGCCGCCACACAUGCACCAUCGCAUGCCUUCCAACGGCGGACACGCUCCCGUCUUAGCUCAGCCAAACCCAUCCCACUUUAGGCCAAACACGACCCCCAGAAUUGGAGGCAUUGAAGACUUACGUGAUCCCUCUGUAUUACUCGGCGGCUACCCGUCCCACGCGGCUCUUAGUCCCGGAAGAAGACCCCAGCAGCGCAAGAAGCCGUCACCGGCACGAAAACCAGCUCGCACACCCAAGUCAACACCUCAAAUAGGUUCAGAAUCAGGCGCGAAUGGUCAAUUGGAUGAUGGUGAUCAGGAUGAGCUCACACUGCGGGACGAUGCACCCGAUGAUGACAAGUAUCUCUUCCAGCUCCGGAAAGAGUUCAUCUCGGAGAAGGGGAAGGGCAUGUGGGAAGAGAUGAAGGCCAAGUACUCGGAGAAGCACCAAGGCAACUGGGAAAAGGCGGCUCUUCAGAUGAAGGUCUCGCGUGCCGUUGCCAAGUAUGGUGUCUGGCCGAAGAGAGAGAUCGAGCGACUUAUGGAAGCCCACCGAUACUACGAGGAAAAGAGAUAUCAACUUAUACUUGCACGCAUGAAGGAAAGCGGUGGCUGUCGCGUUUGGGACUGGAAGCCACAGCACAUCGAGGCUAUGCUUGUCAAGCUUGGUAUGGAGGAGCCCACAGUUGAUGAGAAGACUGGUACAAGACGGCGCAAGAACAAAGCAGCCCGUCGAAGGGCCACUUCGCAAAACAGCCAUCACAACACACAUGUCAUGGGUGACUGGUCGAACGGGCUCGGUCUCCAUCACCCUGCCUUCCAGGGUCAUGCUCACCAUGUCGCAGCGGCGGCGGCGGCACGACAGGCCUCUUACGACAUGAUGAGCGACGACGCCAGCACCGCCCCCCAAUUUAGCUCGGAACAAGAAAACGACUAUCUCGACCAAAUCUUUAACAAGACCCCCAAAGUCGAAGACAGCAUGAGCCCCGAAUCUAUGGAGCUUGCUUAUGAGGACGACGCCGCAUCGCAACACUCGGCAGCCCGCGAGCCGAGUCAUCACCGAAGCGAGCGUGUCGCUCGACAGGCCUGCGAACAAAUGAUGCAGACAAGAGCCACAUAUGCCCAAUAA